AUGGUUAGUUUAAAUCCACAAAAUAAUCGAAGUGGAGGAGCAAUGUCAUUUGCUGAUAGAUCAAUACCUGGAAAUGAUCAAAUCAUAUCAGAAAAUACUCCAUUGAUAAGUGGUAUCGAACAACAUUUUCGACAAAUACGAACAGCACCUUUCAUUAUUAUUCAUAUUUUACUUAUGAUCAUAUUUGAAAUGGUGAUUGUUUUAUUUCCGUUUUUAUGCUACGAUAAAAAAAUUUCUAAAAUAUGUGACCAACAUUCUCCAUAUAAUAUCUGCUUAUAUAUACAUGUUGGUGUUUAUAUUGUCAGCAUUGUUUUUGAUCGUUUGUAUCAUUAUCAUCAAGAUUUAUCACGAAAUGAUGGUUACCUUGAUUUUUAUCGACGAACAAGAAAUUUAAGGCGUACACCUUUAAUUAUCAUCUCAGCAGGUAAUGCAAUUCUCGUCGCGAUGAUUAAAUUACUUGAAGAUUAUCAAACAUCAAUUUUACCACUUCAACCAUGGCAUUUUCUUGCAAUAUUAACUACUAUUCAAGUAGUUAUUAUUUUAAGUGUACUCUCCUGGUAUCUCGUUAUGACUAUUCAAUUCAAUAAACAACGUAACCUUCCCGAUGCAGCACUCGAUGAUUUACUUUCAACUUUUGUUCCAUUACAAGGAUCAACUAAUGAAAUUGGUUUUCGAGAUCAAACUUAUACAGAAAAUGUUCUUGAAAAACAGGCAGAUCUGAUUCGAUAUUUACGUGAUCGAAAUGACCAGUUAGCUCAUUUUGUUCAUAGACUUAAACAACAAGUAAACAUUGAGCAAACCUCAACAAAUCUUAUUUAA